UGCCGGGAUCUCGGGCGCUGAUUGGCCGGCCCAGGGGCCCCGCCCCGCGAGUGGCGCGCGGUCACGUGACGCGACGGCUGGGGGCUCCCGGCGCGGGGGACGCUGGUGGCCAAGAUGGCGGCGGAGCUGGUGGAGGCCAAAAACAUGGUGAUGAGCUUCCGGGUGUCGGACCUGCAGAUGUUGCUGGGCUUCGUGGGGCGCAGCAAAAGCGGCUUGAAGCACGAGCUGGUGACCCGCGCGUUGCAGCUGGUGCAGUUCGACUGCAGCCCCGAGCUCUUCAAGAAGAUCAAGGAGCUUUACGAGACCCGCUACGCCAAGAGGGGCGCCGAGCCGGGCCCCUCGCCGCACCCCCCGCCCCCGAGGGCCCUGGAGCCCCUGGCCCUGCACGCGGCGCCUACCCCCUACGAGCGGCCCCGGACUGCGCUGGCUGGGUCGGGCCUGGACUACCCCGUGCUGUACGGCAAGUACCUCAACGGCCUGGGCCGCCUGCCUCCCAAGGCCCUGAAGCCCGAGGUGCGCCUGGUCAAGCUGCCUUUCUUCAACAUGCUGGACGAGCUGCUCAAGCCCACCGAGCUGGUCCCUCAGAACAGCGAGAAGCUGCAGGAGAGUCCGUGCAUCUUCGCCCUGACACCCCGCCAGGUGGAGCUGAUCCGCAAUUCCAGAGAGCUGCAGCCCGGGGUCAAGGCCGUGCAGGUGGUCCUCAGGAUUUGCUACUCUGACACCAGCAGCCCCCAGGAGGACCAGUAUCCCCCCAACAUCGCCGUGAAAGUCAACCACAGCUACUGCUCUGUCCCGGGCUACUACCCCUCCAACAAGCCGGGCGUGGAGCCCAAGCGGCCAUGCCGCCCCAUCAACCUCACACACCUCAUGUACCUGUCAUCCGCCACCAACCGCAUCACAGUCACGUGGGGUAACUAUGGCAAGAGCUACUCAGUGGCCCUGUACCUGGUGCGACAGCUCACAUCCUCAGAGCUGCUCCAGCGCCUCAAGACCAUCGGCGUGAAGCACCCUGAGCUCUGCAAGGCACUGGUCAAGGAGAAGAUGCGGUUGGACCCCGACAGCGAGAUCGCUACCACGGGCGUGCGCGUGUCCCUCAUCUGCCCGCUGGUGAAGAUGCGCCUGUCCGUGCCCUGCCGCGCCGAGACCUGCGCCCACCUGCAGUGCUUCGAUGCCGUCUUCUACCUCCAGAUGAAUGAGAAGAAGCCCACCUGGCUGUGCCCCGUGUGCGACAAGCCCGCCCCCUACGACCAGCUCAUCAUCGACGGGCUCCUCUCAAAGAUCUUGACUGAGUGCCAGGACGCCGACGAGAUCGAGUACCUGGUGGACGGCUCCUGGUGCCCCAUCCGCGCCGAGAAGGAACGCAGCUGCAGCCCUCAGUGCCCCAUCCUGGUGCUCGGCCCCUCGGACGCCAAUGGGCUCCUGUCAGCACCCAGCCUCAACAGCGGCGGCGGCGGCGGGGGAGGCGGCGGCGGGGGUGGAGGCGGCGCGCCAGGGGCCGCCGGCGGGGGCGGCGCAGCAGGUGGAGUGGAGAACGGAAAGCCGGGCGCAGACGUGGUGGACCUCACCCUGGACAGCUCAUCGUCCUCGGAGGAGGAGGAGGAGGAGGAGGAGGAGGACGACGACGACGAGGAGGGUCCCCGGCCCAAGCGCCGCUGCCCCUUCCCCAAGGGCCUGGUGUCGGCCUGCUGACCGCUGCCCGGCCGGCCGGCCCCCGCCAUCCUGGUGCUCAGAGGGAGGAGGAACCUUUUUGUUUUUUCUCUCGGCCAUGGCGCGUUCGGUUCUGUUCACCCUUUUCCUCGGCUCCUGGCGCCUGCCCCUCUCGGACUUCCUCCGGCAGAGAAUUUAAAGAGAAAUAAAAGCGAAAACGACCAAGAGACUAACAGCAAGACCACAGGAAACCGAGCAGGAUGACACCCAUCAGACUCAGAGAUGGGACACGGCCGAG